GCAGAAUGAUUCUUUAGUAUUUUUUUAGAUUGUAUGAUGCUGAGUGAACGGUAAAGGGUGAUUUGGAGGUGGGAAUGACAAAAGUCACUUCCCUGCAGACCUCCGUGCUAGGGGAAAUGGGCUGGCGGAGAGUCAGGUUGCUCCUUCUUGGAGGAGAGGGCACACAGCUCGGGCCUGCAGUUUUGGUCCCUUGGGUCCUCUGGCCAGAUAGUCCACUCAGCUCCAUCUACUGCGCUGCUGCAGUGUGAUGUCCCUCACCCCACCCUGUUAACACACCACUCGUAGCUAUGCCUCUUACGUGAAUCUUUCUUUUCCAUGGUUCUCGGCGAACGCCCCGCCUCCUACGCUCCCCUCCCAACCCCGCCUCCAGCGCCUUAUAACCUGGGUGCCCAGAGCCGCGCUCAGCCUAGUCUUCUGCUCGGUAGCCUAGCUGUCACCUGCAUGAUGAGCUUCAGCUCGGACCAUUAUCUUUGCUCCUCCUCCUACAGGAAAGUGUUUGGGGAUGGCUCACGCCUCUCAUCGCGCUUCGGGGGCAGCGGCUCCGGGGGCUUCAGAUCUCAGUCUCUGUCUCGCUGCAAUGUUACCUCGUCGGGUGCCUGUUCCGCCUCCUCUUCUUUGGGGCUGGGGCUGAGCUACCGCCGGACGGGGCCAGAAAACCUGGACCUGAGCCAGGCAGCAGCGCGCAACAAUGAAUACAAGAUCAUCCGCACCAACGAGAAAGAGCAGCUUCAGGGUCUCAACGACCGCUUUGCAGUGUUCAUCGAAAAGGUACAUCAGCUGGAGACCCAGAAUCGUGCUCUUGAGGCCGAAUUGGCGGCGCUGCGGCAGCGCCACGCUGAGCCUUCGCGCGUUGGCGAGCUGUUUCAGCGUGAGCUGAGGGAGCUCCGGGCGCAGCUGGAGGAGGCUAGUUCCGCGCGGACUCAGGCGCUGCUGGAGCGCGACGGACUGGCGGAAGAGGUGCAGAGGUUGCGGGCACGAUGCGAGGAGGAGAGCCGCGGGAGAGAGGGUGCAGAGCGCGCCCUGAAAGCGCAGCAGCGAGAUGUGGAUGGCGCCACCCUGGCACGACUGGACCUUGAAAAGAAGGUGGAGGCGCUAUUAGACGAGUUGGCUUUCCUACGGCAAGUGCACGAGGAGGAAGUGUCUGAGCUGCUGGCGACGCUGCAGGCAUCGUCCCAGGCCUCGGCCGAGGUGGACAUGACGGUGGCCAAGCCAGAUCUGACCUCGGCUCUGCGGGAGAUCCGUGCCCAGUACGAGUCUCUGGCAGCCAAGAACCUGCAAUCCGCUGAGGAGUGGUACAAGUCUAAAUUUGCCAACUUGAACGAGCAAGCGGCACGUAGCACCGAAGCCAUUAGAGCCAGCCGCGAGGAAAUCCACGAAUAUCGUCGCCAGCUGCAGGCACGCACCAUAGAGAUCGAAGGGCUCCGGGGAGCCAAUGAGUCCCUGGAAAGGCAGAUUCUGGAGAUGGAGGAAAGGCACAGUGCUGAGGUGGCUGGCUUUCAGGAUAGCAUUGGACAACUAGAGAAUGACCUGAGAAACACAAAGAGUGAGAUGGCUCGCCACCUGCGGGAGUACCAGGAUCUGCUUAAUGUCAAAAUGGCUCUAGACAUUGAAAUUGCAGCUUACAGGAAGCUGCUAGAAGGUGAAGAGACACGAUUCAGCACCAGUGGAAUGACCAUUUCAGGGCUGAAUCCACCUCCCAAUCCUGGUUAUGUGGUACCAUCCAGAAUGUUUAGUUCGACUGCCUCAAAAGCUUCACCCCCUGUUUUGUCUUUUAAGAAAGAGGAGAAGGAGGAAGCUUCUAAAGUGGCCUCCAAGAAGGCUUCUCAGAUAGGAGAGAGCUUUGCAGAAAUAAUGGAGGAAACUAUAAUAUCUACUAAGAAAACCGAAAAAUCAAACCUAGAAGAAGUUACCAUUUCAAGCCAAAAGAUAUAGUCUUAAUGCUUAAAAAAAACCCUAAACAAUAAGAAACUAACAUUUAAGAGGGAAUAAUAUGCAUUUGACCUUUUAAAUAGCUUUUUUCCCCCCUGAACCAAACACCUAUAACGCAGUAUAAAAUAUUUCCAGGCUUUAGUCUCAUUUUCAACACAGAAUUUUUUCUCAAGCAAGAAAAACUCACUUAGAAGCAGCCUGACCUGCUAGGAGCCAACUAAGGUUCUGGAGAAAUCACAGAGAAGUUACCCAAUAAUAUGCCUUUCUCAUUCAGGCAGACAGAUGAUUCUGGGCCAGAAAAGGUGCCAACUGAGGUGCUAAAUCUUCUGUGAUCAUUGUCAUUUGCUAUGAGCUAAAAAUAAACCCUACAUACACUCACCAGCCUCAGCCCACACCCAGUUCACUCAUACUCCUUAGAUACAUAAAAAAUCACUGCCAAAGAUGAAUCAACUUGCUCACAUCCUAUAAGUAACUGCUGCUAGAGCUGUUUGACACAGUGUGAACGUUGGCUUCUCAGGCACUGCUAUAUCUCAUCUUCAUUCAGAAAAAAAGGCCAAUUAAUAUUCUUCCCUUUUAAACAAUUUCAGGUUUUUGAAAAAAGAAAGAGUUUUCCCCUACAGCCUGCUAUAUGCCCAGUGGAUAACUAGAUGCAUGGUGGUCAUUUCUGUGAUUUGUGUAAUAACCUUUCAUGACCAUUUCACAUCAUCUGACAUCUUGUAGUUUAAAAAAAGAACCCUGGCAAUGAAUGAUACAUUUUGAUAGUUCCCUUCCUCUUGAAUAGAAAAUGCUAAUACUCCCUAGAUUGUUUAGUUCAUAACUCAAGUCCAUUUAGCCCCAAAUUCACUCUGUUAGGAGUGUAGCCUUUUUGCCUCAACUUUAGAAGCACAUUAGUAAUAAUUCUAAACUGUGGGCAGCCUGAUAGAUUUAGUAUAAAUUAGAAGAGACAUAUUUCUCAGAAUGAAACAGCAAAAGACUCCAUUCAUCUGUGAUUAUUCAUUUGUGGUGAUGUAGCAUUAGUCUCAUGAGAAGACAUGUCCCCUAGAUAAAGUCACAUAUAUAUCUUUCCUUCCUUUGAACUUGGGUUCUAGGGAAGCCUUGUCUAUACUCCCUUAUAACCCAAGUCUUGCUGCAUAUUUUAAUGGGCCUCACUAUGACACAAAGUAUGGUUGAAUAAACAACACAAAUAAUCCCUUUUCAGUCAAUCAAAACCACCAGCAGAUAGAAAAUAAUGGGGGGAAAUGGAAUUUUAAAUCAUCUCCACUAACAAAUUGUCUUGACCUUGAAUGCAAGGUUGAAGAUGAAGUGAGUCCUAGAUGGCCAACCCAUGAAGUCAACCCAGAGGAGCAGCUUCUGCAUCUCACAGCCUUAUUUGUGCCAACUGAUGCCUGCCACAUACAAUGUAGGAAAAUAAAACCCUAAUUGCUUAUGAUCACUUUCAUCACAGCUGAAGAGUUUUGCUUGUCUCUUUUUACACAUUUUCACUCUAGGACUCUGUGGUGAUAACGUAGUUAUAGUUUUGCCAAAUUUUCCUGUCCUAUUGGAUCCCAACCAAUUUAACAGUCUAGAAUAGUCAUUUUCCUUCUCCCUCAACUUUUCUUCCUUCUCCCUUCUGCUGUAAGACAUAAGUUAGUAAAAAUAAUAAUUAAAAAACACACCUGAACUUCACCCUCAUAGUCUGUGUUAUUUUAUGGUGUGCUAUUUGGCUGAGGGGAAGGUUAUUUUGGUCUGGUGAGACCACACCAUUUUGAUUGUCUUCUUGUAAUACAAACAUGGUUCAUAUCACAAAGUACUCAGGAACUGGACUUUGGUCUAUAUGUACACAUUUUGCUUCUCUCUACAAAAGCCCUGAGACAUUAUUAAUAGCUUCAUUAAUAUUAAUAUGUGCAUUAGAAAUAAUUGAACUCAUUCAUCUUUAUUCCCCUAAACCCACUAUAUUUCUGUAUUUCUGUUCAGGGCACCAUCAACCUCCUAGUCACCAGGUUUACAACCAUGAAGCUUUCUCUACUCUUUCCUCCCCAUCCCCCUCCAUAUAUUACAUUUGCUGAAUCUUGUCCAUCCUAACCUCCUGAUAUUUCUUGUACCACCCUAGCUCAGGCCCUGAUCAACUCUACCUGGAUCAUCACAAUAGCCUCCUAACUGAACUUCAGGAUUCCAGUCUCUCCCCUCAACAACCCAUUCUCUGUAGAUAUGCCAAAAUAAUUUUGUUCUGAACUGUUAAUGGUUUCCUCUUGCCUCACCUUAGAAUGUAAAGUCCUUUGCAAUGUGGCUCCAAACUCCCUUUUUGGUCUUAUUGUGUAUAUUACUUCUUUUCAUACACUCUCCAUUCCAGUCAAAUUGGCCCAUUUACUGUCCCCUGAACUCACCACCACAUGUCUUGUCUCUGUGCUUGCCUGGAAUGUAUUCCCUUCUUCCCUUUGCUUCUUAAAAUCCUUAACUUCCUUCAAAACUCAGCUCAGGUCCCAUCUCCCAUAGGAACACUUUCCUGAUCUCCUUAGACAUUACUACUCCCUUUCCCUCUCAAAGUGUCAUUUCUAUAUCCUUAUAUGUUUGCAUGUUGUUUCCCCUCUCCCAGUAGAAUGUAAGCUCCUUGAGGGCAGGGACUAUUUAAAAACUUUGUAUUUGUAUCUCCAGAACUAGCCCAAUGCUUUGCAUGUAGUAGCUACUUAAUAAAUGAUUAUUAGACUA